UUUAAAUAUUUUAUCUUUGAAGAGGGAAACAACGUGGUUGUACGUGAAAAAAGAAAUAAAAUUGAUUGCAGGGCUCGAAGAAGCCUGCGACUACGGCGUGAGGAGUUCGCGGGGCCCUCCUCAGAAAGAAGGGGCUCCGCACGAGAAGGGGCACGUAAACGUACCCCUGGACCCGUCGUGGUGUUGUCCGCCGGGGGUGGCGGUGGCGGCGGGGGUGGAGGUAGCGGUACCACCUGGGGUCGAGGUAGCCGUGGACGUGGCAGGGAUCGCGGGGGCGGCGCGAAUCUCAUCGGUUCAGGCGUCGCCCCCGCGAAUUACUCUUCAGCAUUGCAAGGCGUAGCGCCUGAACUACGGGAAGUUGUGAAUAUCCUUGGCGAAAGGAAUCAAGUUGGCACACUAACGGGCGUGGGACCACCACCGGAAGCUUUGGACAACGACAGCCAGGGUGACGAGGAAGAAGGUACCACCAUCAAAAGGCCGCCCAGACCACUCUACAGGAGGUUGAUCAAUUACAUUCGACAGGCUUGGACUGGCGUAAAAUUCGCUCUAGACUCUGAAUACGAAGAGGAACAGACGCCACGAUACAGACCUGACUCUUUGGCGAGUCUUUGUCGGGCAACAAGAUUCACCGAGGCAGAGCUGAAGAGAAUAUAUCGUGGCUUCAAGGCAGAAUGUCCCACGGGAGUCGUCAGGGAGGAAACUUUCAAGUGCAUCUACUCACAGUUCUUUCCGCAAGGAGCCAAUACUAGUCAGUACGCCCAUUACGUUUUCAACACCUUGGACCAGGAUCAUAGUGGUAUUCUCAGUUUUGAGGACUUUGUGAUUGGCCUCAGUAUACUGUCGCGUGGUUCUAUCGACGAGAAACUACGCUGGACGUUUUCCCUUUACGAUAUCAACGGCGACGGCUGUAUCACGAGAGAAGAAAUGACGGACAUCGUGACAGCCGUAUACGAGCUGAUGGGGAAAUUCGCUGAUCCAAAUCUGGAUCACCAGGGCGUACGUGAGAAAGUAGAUCGAAUGUUCCAGAAGAUGGACGGUAACAAGGACGGCGUGGUGACGUUGUCAGAAUUUUUAGAAGCUUGCCAAGCUGAUCCGGAUAUCUCCACGAGUAUGGCAGCAUUAGACACGGCCUUCUGACACUCGGCGCGACCACGAUACACUCCAUGGACCUGAAGAGAUUACUCGACGUUUUCUUUUUCGGAAUAAAUCGCUCAACGUUGUACCUUACCUUCUGGACCAGAUGUAUUUCUCCUCAAGGUGUAUCACGAAGAUCUCGAGCGACAACGAGAGUCAUCGUGAAUUUCCAAAGGGGGAUUUGGUCGACUCGUUCUUCAGAGGAAACAACACACACAUUUGUCUCUUACAACUCGGUAGGAAAGAAAAGAAUGAUCGAGGAGUAAAAAGGUCGCGUCACAAGACACCCGGAAACUGUGUCCUAAAAGUCGACCCAGAGAAAAGAAUAGAGAUUGUUCUUUCGAGAAUCCGUAGUUCUAGAAAGGGUUAGUUGAACGAGAAUUUAUCAAAAACCAAAAAAUUACCAAAAAAAAAAAAGUAACGCAGAAGAACGAUAUUAACAUGGUUGUUAGUAGUUACGAGUGGAUAAUUAUUGUUACGAACUUGUAGUUCGUUUUUACGGGACGCGCGCUACAAACGAUGAACAAACAUGCAGCUAAUUAUAUAUAUACAAUAUAUAUAAAGAAAAAUGUUAUUCGUAAUGGCUGACGAGGAUUAACGAAGAAAUUUACUAUAAUUGCGUGGAAGUUGAUGUUUAAUGAUAAGACGGAUCGUUAUUCCUGUAGCACUCGUGCGAUUCUCGAAAGAGAAGAGGAAAAAGGAAAUUGUUGAAAGAAAUAUGCCGUUUAAAAGUAAAUUGUACGCGGCAUUGUUCAUUCCAGAGAAUAGUUGUAUAGAGAAGCACAGAUAUUUAAAACAGAGUAUUUAUAUGAGAAACAAUAAUUGAGCUUAGCUUUGUACAGUUACUCUUUAGUUGUUUUUUAUCUUUCUUUUCUUUGAUCGAAAGGAAACGAAGUGAAACGUUUAUUUUUCACUUUGACAAACUCAUUUGCACGGUAUUGUAAGAUGAAUAGUAAGGUAGUUUAGUUUUUAACUCAAAGGAUAUUUUUUUAACACUUAUAUUCAUUAGGUGAUUUCAUAUGUAUUAUUAUUUUUUAUAAAUUUAAUUAUUUAUCAAUCAUCUGUGCAGAAACAGAAACAUAACAAAUGUAUAUAGAAAAAUUUUCUUCGGAAAUUCAUCCUUUGUGAUGAAAUUAAUUUUUUAAUUAAAUAACUUUUUUCGCAAUUUCUAUCGAACUGAUCUAAUAUUUUUUGUCGAUAUUUAUAUUAUUUUUGUUAUUAAAAUUGUUUGUAAAAGCGACUUAUGAAAUGACCUAAUAAUUAAAAUUACAUAAAAUAUAAAUGAAGCAGAUUCUCUGAUCUGCUCCCAACGUUAUUAUUUUUCAUUUCUCAAUAUUGUAGUUUCUUUAAUUUUAUUUUUGAUACCACCAUUGUUUGCUGUAAAAGCAUGUGGUUAGGCUUCGAAUUUCAAAUUCCGUCCGCGAUCGUAAAGCAUCAAAUGAAUUUAAACUUUGUCCAUUCUGUACCAGACGAUCGCGGAUCAUCAUUAAACUUUCAGCUGCACAACGAGAUAUUAAGAAAUGGAUCUCGGAUUAACACGUUGGCUGUCACGUUACAUUUGCCGAAUCACAGUAAAAACUAAUAUUUACUAAAUUAUUCUUAUUAACCCUUCUUUAGAUUUCUAAAUUUGAUUCUGUAGAUGGUUUUCUAUGGCAGUAUUACUAAUUUGCUUUGGAACAUUUGAAAAGUUGAUCAGAUAAAGAUUACAUGAAGUUUUAAAUAAUUAUUAAAUACACAAAUUAAUUUUGUGCCU